CAAUUUUUUUUUUUUUUUGUUUUGUUAAAUCCUCCUUAAACCCUUCUCCAUUUCGUCUUCCCCCGAAACCCUAGAGCAACCAAACUCGCCGCCUCCGAAAUGAAAUCAAUCUUCCGCACCAUUUCCCUCCGCCGCCAACCCAACCGCCGCACCUUCUCCGACGCACCCGAAGAAACCUACAAAUUCGUAAGAGACAGAGGCCUCGACCACGCCGUCGAAAGAGAGAAGAAUCUCAGACCUCUCCUCAGCAUCAAAGACCUCGUCACAUCGGAGCCUUCCAAAUCGCUUCCGAUCUCCGUCAUCACAGCCCAAAGAGACUCCCUCCGCGUCCCCCUCCGCCCGAUCGAGUUCAUCCGAAGCUUCCCCUCCGUCUUCAGCGAGUCUCUCCCCGGAGGAAUCGGCGUCCAGCCUCACAUCAGCCUCACGCCGGAGACUCUCAACCUCGACGCCGAGGAGCAGCUCGUCUACUCGAGCGAGGAUUAUAAACAAGGAUUAGCUGAUAGGCUAUUAAAACUCCUGAUGAUAAAUCGAAUCAACAAGAUUCCGUUAGAGAUUCUUGAUUUGUUGAAAUGGGAUUUAGGUUUGCCAAAGGGAUACGUGGAGACGAUGGUUCCUGAGUUCCCUGAUUACUUCAGAGUUGUCAAAUCGAGGCUGAGAGGAUGUAGCGGCGAGCUUGAGCUUGUUUGCUGGAGCAAGGAGCAUGCUGUAUCUGUGCUCGAGAAGAAGGCGAAAGACUAUACCAAAGGCUCUCCGAUUGCUUUUCCGAUGAAGUUCUCUAACGGCUUUGUUGUUGACAAGAAGAUGAAGAGAUGGUUCGAUGACUGGCAGAAGCUGCCGUAUAUCUCUCCCUAUGAUAACGCGCUUCACCUCUCGGCGACGAGCGAUGAGUCUGACAAGUGGGCGGCGGCUGUUUUGCAUGAGAUCUUGAAUCUUUUCGUGUCGAAGAAGGUUGAGAAAGAUUUGGUUUUGCAUCUUGGUGAGUUUAUGGGGUUGAGGUCGAGGUUUAAGAGGGUUCUCCAUAACCAUCCUGGUGUUUUUUACUUGUCGAGUAAGCUUAGGACUCAUACUGUGGUUCUUAGGGAUGCUUACAAGAGGGGAGUGUUGGUGGAGGGGAAUCAGUUGGUGACGAGCCGUAACCGUUACAUGAAGCUUAUGAGUAAGGCUAAGAAAGAGAGCAAUGCAGUGUCUAGCAGGAAGAGAGAAGAUAAGGGGAAGGUAGAAGGAGAAGGAGAAGUCUGUGAGGAUGAGGCAAAGGGUGAGGAUGAUGUUGUUUCUGGUUCUGAAGUGGAGGAUGAGGGUGAAGAAGAUGUUGUUGAUGCCGACGAGGAGGAGGAGGAUGAAGUUGAUCAAGACCAGAGUCUGAAGCGUGGUCGUAGAAACACAAGUCCAAGAGGUGGUAGGAGGAGUUUUGGGAGUUUAGGUUCGGAGGAGAGGCCGCAUACAAGGUCAAGAGCAGGUAGGAGGAGUUUAGGGAAAACAGGUUCGCAGGAGAAGCCACGAUCAGGGCGCAACAAGGUCAAGUUAACGACAGAGAAGAGUAGCUAAAUGUCUUAAAGACUGAAUCAAUGUUUACUGGUGCCUGCAUGUUCAUCUGGUGGAUUUUGCAGAAUCAUGAUAUCAAGUAAUUGAAUUGCUAGCGUGUAUAAUUAUUUAAAACUACUGGAUCUCAGUCACUAACAAUAUCAAUGUAAUGAGUGUAAACACUUCUCUUGAGGUCUGUAUGAGUGAGAUAUCCUCGAGAA